AUGGGCUCUAUUAACGACGACGUUCCAGAACUAGAACAGUGCCUUCUUCAGGAUGAAAGGAGCAAACAAUACACCGGAGAUGGUUCCGUUGAUUUUAGAUGGAAGCCUGCAAAUAAGCACAACACUGGCAAUUGGAGAGCUUGUCCGUUUAUUCUAGGCAAUGAAUGUUGUGAACGUUUGGCUUUCUUUGGCAUUACAACAAACCUCGUUACCUAUCUGACCACCAAACUACACGAAGGAAACGCCUCUGCUGCAAGAAAUGUCGGCGUCUGGCAAGGAACUUGUUAUCUUACACCUCUCAUUGGAGCUGUUCUGGCAGAUGGUUACUGGGGGAGAUACUGGACAAUUGCUGUUUUCUCUAUGAUUUAUUUCGUUGGGAUGUGUAUCUUGAGUAUUUCUGCAUCUGUUCCGUCUUUGAAGCCAGCUGAGUGUUUGGGUUCGGUAUGUCCUCCGGCUAGUCCUGUGCAAUACUAUAUAUUCUACUUCGGUCUCUAUGUAAUUGCACUUGGGACUGGUGGUGUAAAAGCAUGUGUGUCAUCUUUUGGGGCAGAUCAGUUUGAUGAUACUGAUUCCAAGGAAAGGGGCAGGAAGGCUUCUUUUUUCAACUGGUAUUACUUUUCGAUCGACCUAGGCGCCAUUGUGUCAUGCACCUUCAUUGUGUGGGUUCAAGAUAAUGCAGGAUGGGGUCUUGGAUUUGGCAUUCCUGCUUUAUUCAUGGGGUUAUCCAUUGGAAGUUUCUUUUUAGGUACUUCUCUAUACAGAUUUCAAAAACCAAGGGGUAGUCCUAUUACAAGAAUGUGCCAGGUUGUGUUAGCUUCUGUCCGAAAGAAGAAUCUGGUUGUGCCGGAGGAUAGUAGUCUCCUGUAUGAGAUGCCCGACAAGAAAUCAGGUGUUGAAGGAAGUCGCAAACUGAUGCAUCGUGAUGAUCUGAGGUAUUUUGAUAGAGCAGCUGUAGUGGCUGAUUCAGACAACAAAAGUGGUGACUAUUCUAAUCCAUGGAGGCUUUGCACAGUUUCACAGGUGGAAGAAUUGAAAAUAUUGAUUCGCAUGCUUCCAAUUUGGACUACUGGCAUAAUUUUUUCUGCUGUCUACGCCCAGAUGUCAACAUUGUUUGUGGAGCAAGGAACUAUGAUGGAUACGAAUAUUAGUUCUUUCAAAUUAUCCCCAGCUUCCCUCUCAACCUUUGAUGUGGUAAGCGUUGUUUUGUGGGUCCCUGUCUAUGACAGGAUACUUGUUCCUAUCGCAAGGAAAUUUACAGGCCAGAAAAGGGGCUUUUCCGUGUUUCAAAGAAUGGGAAUUGGCCAUUUUAUUUCUGGGCUGUGUAUGUUAGCAGCUAGUGUUGUGGAAAUUAAACGUCUGCGACUUGCAAGAAAGCUUGACCUUGUCGAUAAACCUGUUGCCGUACCCCUUAGUGUAUUUUGGCAAAUACCUCAAUAUUUCUUAUUAGGCGCAUCAGAGGUAUUCACAUUCAUUGGGCAGCUUGAGUUCUUCUAUGAGGAAUCACCAGAUGCUAUGCGGACUUUAUGUAGUGCACUUCCACUCCUAUGUUUUUCAUUGGGGAAUUACUUGAGCUCUUUCAUGCUUACUAUAGUAACUUACUUCACUACACAAGGUGGAAGGCUUGGAUGGAUUCCGGAUAACUUGAAUAAUGGGCAUCUUGAUUACUUUUUUCUGCUUUUAUCUGGACUUAGCUUAUUAAAUAUGUGCAUAUACAUAGUUGCCGCAAAAAUGUACAAGCAGAAGAAGAUUUCUCAAGAUUUUUCAAGCACUUAUUGCUCAUAG